AAAUCACCUCAGCGAACCAACUCUUCCUUAUUGCCUGCAAAUGGAACACAACUUCUAAUCCAGACGCAGGCUCUCGCUCGGGUGGACGAGGUUCAAAAUGCAUCCUAGAAAAGACCGCAGUGUUGCGCUGUGUGUUGGCAUAGGCUUCAUGUGUUUUAUCCUCACAGCGCACUGCAGAUUCCCAACUCUGGAUCAUCUGCAGCCACAGGCGAGCGAGAAGACCCAAGCCAGAGCAGUGAUCCAGCUUCUGAAGCGACUGCUGGGGGACAGAUCCACUGAGUUUAUCAUUUCCGUCAACCGGAGCAUGUCCAAAGACAGUCUGGAUGUGUGUGAGCUCCGGUCGACCAGAAACAAUCAGAUAGUAGCCACUGGGAGUACUGGGGUGGCCGUGGCUUCUGGUCUUUAUAACUACCUGAAGUACUUCUGCAACUGCCAUGUGUCCUGGUCUGGAGACCAGCUGGACCUCCCUCGUCCUUUGCCCCAAGUCACCGGGGUCCUUCGGAUAAACACCAAGCACAGGUUCCGGUACUACCAGAACGUGUGCACCGUCAGCUACUCCUCGGUGUGGUGGGACUGGCCCCGCUGGGAGCGUGAGAUCGACUGGAUGGCUCUGAACGGGAUCAACCUCCCACUGGCCUUCACCGGCCAGGAGGCACUCUGGCAGGAGGUGUACCGGUCGCUUGGUUUGAACCAGACAGAGAUCGAAGAGUUCUUCUCUGGCCCGGCGUUCCUGGCCUGGAACCGCAUGGGUAACAUGUUUGAGUUUGGAGGGCCGUUACCCCAGUCUUGGCAUGUGAAUAAACUUAACCUCCAGUUUAAAAUAUUGGAGCGAAUGCGGUCUUUCGGAAUGAUACCGGUCCUUCCAGCAUUCUCAGGGAAUAUUCCAAAAGGAAUUCUCAGGUUGCAUCCCAGCGCCAACGUGACCCGGCUGGGACCCUGGGCUCACUUUAACUGCAGCUUCUCCUGCGCCUACAUCCUAGACCCACGUGACCCCCUGUUCCUCCAGAUCGGCUCCAUGUACCUGUCCCAGGUGGUGAAGCAGUUCGGGACGGACCACGUCUACAACACGGACACCUUCAAUGAGAUGACGCCGCCCUCCGCGGACCCCGAGUAUCUGUCGGCGGUCAGUCGCUCCGUCUUUGCCUCCAUGACUGCGGUUGAUCCCCAGGCCAUCUGGUUGAUGCAGGGCUGGCUGUUCUUCAGCAGCGCCUCCUUCUGGAGGCCCCCCCAGAUCAAGGCCCUUCUCCACGGCGUGCCCAUCGGACGCAUGAUCGUGCUGGACCUGUUCGCCGAGACGGAGCCCAUCUUCUCCUACACAGAGUCCUUCUACGGGCAGCCCUUCAUCUGGUGCAUGCUGCACAACUUCGGCGGGAACAGCGGCUUCUUCGGCCAGGUGGAGAGCAUCAACUCGGGGCCCUUCCAGGCUCUGUCCUUCCCCAACUCCUCCCUGGUGGGCCUGGGCAUCGCGCCCGAGGGCAUCGAACAGAACCCGGUCAUCUACGAGCUGAUGAGCGAGCUGGCCUGGCGCAAGGAGCCGGUGAACCUGUCCAAGUGGGUGUCCCUGUACGCCAUGCGGCGCUACGGCAGCACGCAGGAGAGCCUGGGCGCGGCCUGGCGGCUGCUGUUCUUCAGCGUGUACAACUGCACCGUUCCCCACUACAGGAACCACAACCACAGCCCGCUGGUCCGCCGGCCGUCGCUGAAGAUGAACACGGAGAUCUGGUACAACCGGUCCGACCUGUUCGACGCCUGGAAGCUGCUGGUCGAGGCCGCGCCGCCACUGAUGUCCAAGGGGACCUUUCGGCACGACCUGGUGGACAUAACGCGGGAGGCCCUGCAGGUGCUGACCUCGGCGUACUACUUGGAGAUCGCCGAGUCCUUCCGCAACCAGAAGCUCCCGGAGCUGCUGACGGCGGGCGGAGUGCUGGUCCACGACCUCCUCCCCGAGCUCGACCGCCUGCUGUCCAGCGACGGGAACUUCCUGCUGGGGCCGUGGCUGGAGCAGGCCCAGGCUCUGGCGCUGGGCGAGAAGGAGGCCCGGCUGUAUGACAUGAACGCCCGCAACCAGAUCACGCUUUGGGGGCCCAGCGGGGAGAUCGUGGAUUACGCCAGCAAGGAGUGGGGCGGUCUGAUGGAGGAUUACUACGCCCAGCGCUGGGGCCUGUUCGUCAACACGCUGGUGGACUGUCUGCACACCGGACGGCCAUUCAAGCAGGAGGCCUUCAACCAGGAGGCGUUUAAGGUGGAGCAGGGCUUUGUGUACAACGGCAGGAAGUAUCCCUCGGAACCCACCGGAGACACUUACGAGAUCGCACGCAGGAUCUUCCUCAAGUACUAUCCACAGGCCAUGAAGAGGUUAUAGCGGGGGACACCGCAACAUGUACAGCACCAAGAAUGUCUCCCACUUCCUAAUUCAUUAAACGAUUUUAAGUGUUUUUAUUUUUUUAACUGAAAGUCCUUACUUUUUUUUGGUACUGGCCGAUACCAAGUAGGACACAUGAGUACUUAUAGUAGUUGUCUCCAAUGAUAAGACGCUGUCAUAAUCCAACGUUAACUACUACAGACAAGGGUUGUUCGUCAAGGACGCUGUAUUGUAAAAGUACCAUUUUUUUUUUUUUAUAUUUCCCUGCCAUCAUUUAGGGAAAUAACCAGUUGUUUGAAGUACAGUUGGUCACUGCCGUCUGCCAUGGUUAGCAUUAGCAAUACUCCUUGUACUAUACGUCAUAACACAUUACAGGAUGUUUCAUCAAGCUGCUGUUAUUGAAAGAAAUAGUUGUCAAUUUUAUUAUCUUAAAUUGAGCACAAUAUUGAUUCGUUUUUUAGGGGAUAUAAAGGUUUGUUUCACCCUAGAUUAACAAAUGGUUAGCCUCAUAGCAUAAUUGCCUGAGUCAUAUUUUUGCCUAAUUGCCUCAUUGGCAAUUAGAUAAGAUGAACCUUAGAACAGGAUUCAGUCAAUUAUUCUAUGAGGCUAAUGAAAUGUCACGUAACAGUUGAGAUGAGGACACUCAGGUCAAUCUCCCUCUCUGAACCCAUAGUGCAGCUACAACAAUUUGUUAUUCUACCUCAAUGAUUAAACAAAAUCACUGUGACCCAGUAACUGAGAAUAUUUCCAUUUUGGGUCUUAACACACCUAAUUUCUAAAUUUUUCUUAUGUUUUCACUUCCUAGUCAUUCCAAACAACAUUUCAAAACGUUUUUCUCUCUCUUCCUACCCCAUCAACCUCACCAACGGUUUAAUCAUUUAACCGUUCAACCAGUCAAAUGUAAUUAUGAGACGCUUGGCCUUUUCUAUUUUGUUUGUGAAAUGCAUUCGCUUUGAAAAACAAGUCGGUAUUGCAGAUUUAUUUUUUCAUUUCUUCAUUGAGCAAAACUCAUCUGUGCUAUUUAAUUUUUUCAUACUUUAGAUUACAACAUAAAAUAAGACUUUAUAUGAUGAAAUCCCACAUUUAAAAACUGCUGUUUGUGGGACACCUCAGGAAGUUUGUAAAUCCGUGUCAAUCAUUUCCUUGUGAACCAGUUCUUGUUUGUAAUGUCUUUUCAUACUGUCGGCUCCUUGAAGGAGCAUUAAUUAAAGCGUGCCUUUUGUUAAACUGA